AUGAUGCAGAUCAGCAGCGAUUCAGCCACCAACAAGCACUCCCUCAUCAACGUCAUGCACCGCUUCAUCGCGGCGGCCAACAACAUGGACGAAACCAUCAUGGUGCCCAGCCUGCUGCGAGACAUGCCCCUGGAGGAGCAGGCCGCCAGCCAGACAGAAACCAAUAACAACAACAUUAACAACUGCCAAAAUGACGAUGAGGUUCAGUGUCCCAGCAAGCAGCAGAGGGACAUGUACGAGCACUACCUGCUGCUAAAGUCCAUCAAGAACGACAUGGAGUGGGGUCUGCUCAAAAGGGAGAUGAGCAGUGGCGCCAGCUUCCUGGAAAUGGCCGUCAAACAAGAGGAACAGCAGAAGAGCAUCAUGGGGGCACUUCCUCUGGAAGACAACGCCGACCUGGAACGCCAGUUUCACUUCCACCUGCGUGGACUCUUUGGGGUUCUGUCCAAGCUCACCUUGCAAGCGGAUCACCUCACCAACAGAUACAAGCGAGAGAUCGGAGGCGGAAACUUCACGAGAUAG